CGCUCGGCGAUUGAUGAUGUUUUCUACGACAUGUAAACAAAACGCGAGCAGGAUUUAAAACGUUUAUCGGUUUUUCGAUUCGAAACGGCUCGUUUGCAAAGCCGUAUACCGUCAUCUCGGCUUAGUGGACGUGGCCAUGGGUUCCUUCGACGUGCACAAAGUGAAUUUCUACACGCCCGAACUCCUCUCCAUCCAGUGCAUGGUCGUCGAUAGCGACGCGCAGAAGUUGGCCGUCGGAAGGUCGAACGCGUCAAUUGAAAUAUGGGACGUCUCGCACAAGCCGCACGUAGAUAGGACACUGAUAUGUGACAGUAGUGUUGAGGGACUCGCAUGGUACAACGGAAGGUUGUUCAGCUGUAGCGCAAAUGGUACCAUCACUGAACACGAUCUUCACAGUCUUUCCCCUCUGUAUAAUAAAACCGUGACAUCCGGAUCGUGUUGGUGCAUUGCAAUCCACAAAGAAAAUGGACGUUUAGCUGCAGGAACUCAAGAUGGUUAUAUCAACAUAUUCGAAAUAACAUAUGACAGUUUAACGUAUGACAGAUUAAUGGACAAACAAGAAGGUAAAAUAGUUUGUAUUUCAUGGGAUUUGACUGGCGAAUGGUUAGUCACAGGCUCUAUAAAUGCUUUGAGAAUAUAUAGCCGUAGAACUGGUCAUGCUGUACAUAAACUUCCAACUGGUCAAUCGGAGACUAUUGUUUCAUCGAUAGCAGUCACCUCUGAUUUUACAAUAAUUAGUGCCGAUUCACGUGGUAAAUUAUGUUUUUGGGAUGGAAAUAAAGGUACUAAUAUAUCAAAUCACCAAGCACUUAAAUCAAAUGCUCUUGUAGUUUGCUUAGAUGAAUCACAAACAAAAGUUUAUUGCAGUGGUGUUGAUCCAGUUAUAGUAUGUUCAGAAUUAGUACAUAUGAAAUCAGAUACUAGUGCUGAAAGCAGCAAAUGGGUAAGAAGUGUUCAACUAGUAGCUCAUAGAGUAGAAGUACGGUCAUUAGUUCAUUUUAAAGGCAAACUUUUUUCUGGAGGUGUUGAUGGUUACUUGUCAGUGAGCAGCUAUCCUCCAAAGCAAUUGGUCAAAUACCCUCCAUUAAUGACUUCUGCUAUUUCCUUAGCAUCAGAUGCCCGUUAUGUAUUGAUGUUACAUAUAGGUCAUUUAGAUGUUUGGUAUUUGGGUGAUAAACAUAAAUAUGAAAAUAAACUGUCUAAAUUAGUAACUAUUAAAUACUCUAAAAAUGAUUAUGUACGGUGUUCAGCUAUCUCACCUGAUGGCACAUGGAUCGUAUAUUCAACUGAAGAAAAACUUAAAAUAUUUAGUUUAAUUAUGGAUUCUGUCACUGGUGAACCAAUGAUUAAAAAAACUGAUAUUCAACCAGUUGAGUGUGAUGUUUCUACUCAGUUGGCUUUUUCAUCAGAUAGUAAAUACUUAUGGUUUUCUACAAAACAUGAAAAUACUUUAGUAUGCUUGGAAAUGUCUCACAAAUUUGAUUUAUUGACUAAAUAUUGCAUUGAUACUAGUUCAUAUUUCAAAGAUCUUAUUCACUUACUAGAAGUGUCUAAUUGGAACAAAUAUGUUGUUGCAGCAGAUAGACAAAGCAAUAUUGCUGUGUUUAAUGAAGGAAAAUUCUAUUGUUUAUUACCAAAAUAUCAUUGUUCACCCACAAGUAUGAAAAUUCAUCCUAUUACAGAAAAUCUUGUGAUAGCAUAUGCGGAUCGAUCUGUUGUUGAGUUCAAUUUAAAUAAAAAAGAAUACACAGACUUUUCUGAAAAAUUGUUUUCAAACCCACCUCAAGAAUUAAUUAAUAGAUCAUUUCCAAUUAACUGUAUUACGUUUGAUGCUUCAAGAAAUGAUUCUAUGAUUUUUUCUGAUGACAAUACAAUUUGUGUUUUAACAAAAAGCGAAGAUAAUUCUAGUAAUCCAGAAAAAAAAAUUAAAAAGCUUACAUCUAAAACAUUAACAUAUUCUAUUAAAACUAUCCAAAAUUAUGAACAUUUGGUGUUUUUUGACUUUUUAAAUCGAGAAGAAUUAGUUGCUGUUGAAGUUAACCCAAGUUCAUUUGUAGAAAAAUUACCAGCUGUUUACAAAAGAAAAUUGUUUGGCAUGACAUGAAUAUACAUGACACAUUUCUAAAUAAUUAAUUUUUUUAAUGUGUAAUAUACUCAUAUUAUUAUAACUUUUA